AUGACUCAUUGUUUCGACAGUUGGGGUCGCAGCUUUGGUGCUGUCGAAGCAGCCGCCGGACGAGGGAGAUCAGUCUUGAAGAAACCCAUGUCGUCGUCAAGUCCCUCUGACCCAUACGCGCAAGGUGCGACUGAUCCCCAUGAUUACGACCCGGAUGAGAGACGGUCAUCUGCCGUGGACGACGCUUUUGAGGAGGAAGACCUGGAAACGGCCGAGGAGAGAAUAGAAAGGGAAAAUGCCCCCUCUGCAGUGGAUUACUAUGCAGUGCUAAAUGUUGAGCGCACUGCAACUGAGGAAGACAUUAAGAACUCAUAUCGGCGCCUAUGUCUCACGUUUCACCCCGACAAACAUCACCGCCCGGAAGAUAAAGCAACGGCAGAGUCCCGCUUUGAAAAGAUACAGAAAGCCCACGAUGUACUCAGCGAUCCAGUAAAACGCCACAUUUACGACACUUAUGGACCAGAUGCUGCAGAAAUGUCUUGGGAGGUUGGUGCAAGGGGUCAAUCACGGGAAGAAAUACGUGCAGAAUUUGAACGCCAAAGUCGACAGCGACAAGAGAUCGCAGCGGAAACCUUGGUCAAAUCAAAAGGAGAGAUUCUUUUGAGUCUUGACGCCUCUCCAAUCUUUGAUGCGGAUGUAUGGAGGAGCAGACAUCGUCGGAGAUUACCGCUGGGUAGAUUCGAGCCUGUGAAUACUCAAUCUCGAGGUUUGGCGGACGUGCUUCAAUGGCCUGAGGUGACGCAAGCCUUUGUUAAGCACUCAUGGGAGACCCAAAUAACUCAACAGAGUACACUCAUCGUUAAUGGGGACGUGAUGGCUAGAAACGGAAUCGGAGUUGGGAAUGUAACUGGAACUUUGCGGCAUAUCAUCUCGCCAUUAAUGUGGGGCGAGGUAUCAGGCACAAUAGGGCAAAGCCCGAUGAUGCAGGGCAAGCUAGUCAAAAAUUUCUCUUCCGAUAGCUUCGCCACUAUAACAGCAACAAGCCAGACGAUAUCUGGUCCGCCAACAUUAGUCGGUGUUCUCGGACGGCGAAUUACCACAAAAACGACGGGCUACCUCACGUACCGUACGGGUGAAUGGCAACUUGGUCCUUGGGGCGCUGAUCAAGAUUUCCGCGAACGGAGUGCUUGUUCACUAGGAGUGAUGCGGCAAGUAGAGCGUGGGCAGUGGAAUGUAGAUGUACAGGUUGGAGUGGCGCACUCGCACAUCAGCCUGAGCUAUUUCAAGGUGCUUCCUCGGAGCAUUCGCGGCCGAUUUUCACUUACGCUCUCAACACUGCUCGGCGCCCAGGCAUCUGUUGCCGGUGAUAAAAAGAUUACAAAGUAUAGUCGUAUCGGGCUCGGGGUCGAUUGCGUGAGUAUGGGUGGAGUAACAUUCCGCCUGAAACUUGCUCGGCUCGGUCAGAAAUUUGUGCUCCCUAUCAUGCUUUCUCCACAGUUCGACAUGAAGCUUGCGUUUUGGGCUGCCGUCCUACCCGUGUGCGUAUCAGUGGCAUUGGACAAAUUUUAUUUCAGUCCACGUCGAAAGCACAGGCUCGCUCAAAAGCUCUCCCAAGUACGUGCUGCAAAUGCCGAAAUUCUCGCGCAACGAAAAAAAGAGGCAGACGAUGCAGUUAGAAUCAUGAAGGAUUCGGUUUUGAGGAAAGUGGAAGCGGAAGAGAGUCGUAAUGGGUUGAUCAUUGUGGAGGCGUUGUACGGAAAGCUGCCACCGUCCGAUCUGGCGCCUAUACGAGCGUUGUCAAUGCAGGGCAUCAAGGAUAUUUUUGAAAAUCUUGGGCCGAUAAGCGAAGAGGGCGCGAGCGGAAAUGAUGCCCACCUCGAGUACAUCGACGUGACAAUGGCUGUGCAGUCACUCGUCAACAACUCGCAACUCCAUGUCAGUGGAGGCCAUUCCAAGGUUAACAUCAUUGGGUUUUAUGAUCCCUGCCUGGGGGAGCAAAAGCGGCUACGGAUUACAUACAAGUUUCAAGGCAAAUUGCACCAAGUUGAAGUAGAUGACCAAGCUGCCGUCGCAGCGCCCCUGAGAGCUCACCUUGUUCCUGAUCGGCCAAACUCCCGUGCCACUGCGAUUUAGCAGAUCCGUUGGAAUUGUACAUUGAAGGCCGAGCUAUCAUUUUUAAAUUUCACUUGCAUCAUCCCUGUAUAGUAAAGAGGCUGCGCAUACAAUGAAACAUAGAUCAUAGAAUGCGGUUCUUAAGACUAGGAUGACGAGGCGGGUGUUGCAUCAACAUGUGGUGUAAAUCAGCGACAAAUCUUGGCAAAUGCAUCUCACAUUUGCCAGUUGACAGUCGCCCCACAAAUCCUCCUUCAUGUUACCGACGCAUCAUCAUUUUUU